GUUCUGUCUCUGAGUCAUCUUUCUCAGAAGUGUGUUUACAGUGUGUGUGCGUGUGUGUGUGCAUGUGCGGGAGUAGCUCCAAGACUCAGAUGAGUAUAAAGAGACGGACUCCAGCUUCUUAGACAGCAGAGGAAAAGCGGUGAUUGAAGGUAAGGCUGAUCUGUGGGCAUAUUUAGAUUACAGUCAAUCUUGUGAUCAGUUAACUGUCAUUUACCUGAUUGGUAUGUGCUGAUUUCAGUUUUAAGAAUGGAGGAGGAGAAAGUUGGUGUUUUUAAUUCAAUGGGUUUUCAAACUGAAUGCUUGACUGUAUUUUGUUGAUUUUCUCAAAGUCUGGGGUAAAUGUGCAGGAAAAGCUUUAAGUCAAGUGGUUUUCUAUUGUGAUAUUUGACUUUGGUUUAAGAUGUAGUUCUUUCAACACCAGAGCCAGCAGCCAUGCUAACCACUCCGAACUCUAUGUUCUGUUUCUGUAAGCAGUUAGAUGUAAAAGAAGCAGGGGGGUAAUUGCUAACAGCUGUCACAGCACAAUGGGUCUGCACUGGUCGAAACUUUAAACAACAAAAAACAGUUUUACAGUGAGCAGCUAUCAAAGUGAAAAAAGUAAUAUACAAUAAGACAUAUACAUUAAAAACAAGCAGGUUGUUACAGAAUAAACUUCGUUAUCAAUUAAUCUUUGUUUAUAAAGCGCAGAUUCACAACAAGCAUUAUCCCAAGAUGCUUAACAAUAAGCUGGUCUAGAUCAUACUCUAUCUACAAAGACCCAAUGUAAAGACAGGAUAAGAUUGAGCCCCAUCUUUUAAGAUCAGACCCACUCCCAUCCCAUCUUCAACCACGAGUGUUGCAUUUUGCAGAGGUUAAAGUGGAGAUGAAAAACUUCCUAUAACAGGCAGAAACCUUGAGCAGAACUAGACUCGUGUAAGGCAGUCAUCUGUUAAAACUGCAUUAACGUUUAGAGAGGGGAUAGAGGGAGAUGCAGAAAGAGAGAUGGACAGAGGUGAGACUGAUGCAUGUAGUUGAAGUGGCUGGAAAGCAGGCAGGUCCACAGCAGUGAAAAAUCUGCAGAGGAAUGUUUGACAUGAUGGAGUUCACAGACUCUAGGACUCAACUACACCUCUUUGCCUCACGCUAGGUUGACCAAAACUCAGGUUGAAACAGCAUUCAACCAGACUCUUUUAUGGCUUUCACUCUAAUUCAGCUGCAGAAUGAGCUGUGUUACUUCAUACAGGUUAUUGAAUCUGGAAAGAGCACCUGCAGACGUGACCCAGGACAGAAUGUCAAAAUAGCCUACCUGCAGUUUUUAUAGACUUUCUUGGACUUCUCCUUCAUCACUUUUUAAUGGAUGUCUCUGUGUAUGUAAUUGAUCAAAUUUUACUUGUUGAGUUUGCCUGAGAGGUAACUCAGAUUUGUGUUUACUUCAGUAAUUUGAGUUAAAUGAACUACUGAAAGUGAGUAAAUUUACUUUCAGGUAGUGGUGCUGAACCUUAAAUUUGGAGUCACACCGUUUCAAAAGGUGUCUGGAAAAAAAUCAGCUUCAAAAUACACACCCAAAUAUUUACAACUAAGCUGGAAAAAACUUAAAAGGCUAAACAAGUCUCAUUUGUUCAAAAAAAUAAAAAUGUGUAUAAACAAAUGAUAGAUGUAUGUUUAAAGUCUGGUGUCUCUAUUAACUGAGUUUUACAGUUCAUCUGUUGCCCUAUUUUGAUACUCUUGAUCUUGGGUGUGUUGGUCUAUGUCAUGAAAAGGGAAGAGAAAUCUGAUCAUUAAUAUGAUCUGCACUUAAAAGCCGCCCUUUGCACAUGACUUCACAGCACGUACCCGAGUCAAGGUUCAAACAAAAAGAAAUAGUUCAGGUCAGGACAUGAUAGCGUCUAUGUCAACAUGAGAGGUUAACAGAGAUGUUAUCAGCACAAAAUAAUGAGCUGACAGUCACAAAAUCACUUCCAGAUAUCAGUGUAAAACCACAGGUUUAAAUGGUUUAAACACUUAGUUUCUGUUUUGAGGGAACACAUGGUUGAGAGUCCAGCAGGAAAACAAAGACAUCUGCUUUCAGAGAGCCUUGUGAAAAUAAAAACAUUCAGCCCAGUCUGUCACUUGUAGUUCUGGUGGAGGCGCCGUUGCACUUAAUCAUUGUGACAUAUGGGAGUUCUGCAUCACAUUUUCCUUUGGACUUUUCAGUCUACUCUAUGAACUCCAAGUACUGAUAUGUGUGGCUAAAGCAAAACUGUGAAUGUUUCAGAAAUAGCUAAAUGGAAAUUACUUUCUAUUCAUCCAUCAACAGUUGUAAGAUAUAAAUAAAAAUCUGUUACUUCCACUUCCCAUAAAACCUUGAAAAUAUAUUUAAUGACUCAGCUUGAGUGCAGGGUGGUUACAAAAAUAUAUCCUCUGACAUGUCGGUUUUGAGGCACAAGGUUACCACAUCCGUUAAACCACUUCCAAACUUAAAUUAUGUUUAUGCAAGUUGAUGAAUUCUCUUGCUCUGCCAUUUUUAUUUGGUCUUACCAAAAAUAAUCCAAUUCAAAAAUAAUUCAACUCUCUAUUUCUUAAUUUUUUCACCCCAAAUAAUUUAAAUCCUUUUCCAGGACACUCUAGUUUGUAGUAUUGCCACUCCCUUGUAACUUUUUAGGGCUACCAUGACUUUUAACUAGCUGCCAGUGUCUUUGUCUGUCCUCCACAUAUUAUAGCUCUUCUUGACCCUUCAUAAAAGCACCUAAAAUACAUCAUCCAUGGCCUACUAUAUGACGCUUGCGCCACUUCUGGAUGCUCAUUUAUAAGUCAGAGAAAGCACAAGUCUCUAUGUUGGCAUGUUAGAUGAUCAAAGAAAAGAAUAGGUCAUUCUUAGGAUGUAUGAGUAGGUAUCACUGCUUAUUACUGUCAGUUUCAUAACCAGUUCAAAUGUCCUUAAAGGAGCUUUUAGAGGGAUCCAUUUGGAUGCAAAUAUUUCUACUGAAACCAUCAACUGCAAAAAGAACGCCACUUCAUUUCCACCCAUUGUGAAAAAAGGACGCCAAAAGACACCAUGGAUGCUAAAUAUUGCACUGCUGUAGCUGAGGUUUGCAUUUUAGUAAUCUGCAGGAUUGAUGUCACAUCCAGAGGGAGCUCUAAAUCUUUCAGCAUCACAAUUAGUGAACCCUUAUGCAGUCGAUUUGAAUACAUAGUUUACACCGAAUACAUUUUCACUUGAAAAAAAGGAAUCUUUGUGUUUUACUUACCCUAGCCCUCGAUCCUGUACAGGCAGUAGAUCUUCCUCCAAAGUCAGUCUCCUUCCACAGCCAUGUUUAAGCAGUCAGUCUUUUGCCAAAAGGUCACCCAGAGACUUAAGUGACUUCAAAGCCGGAUGCCACAACUUCAAAACACACUGGCUGUUAAAUCCCUAGAGGUAAUAAGCCUGUAAAGAAAACAAAUGCAAACGGACAAAAAAGCACGUUUUAUAAAAGUCAGAUAACAUUUGUCUUGGCAAAGCAUCAGUGAAAGUCAAGAUUUUCUGACUGCAUGAAGAUUGAGUGAGUGUACUUACAGUCUUCAUUCAACUUUUUCAUGUUGUAUGUUGCAAAGUUGUGAAUAUUAUGAGCUGACAGAUGACUAAUUCAGAAUGAUCCCCCUUGCAGCUUCGUCUAUUGAGCAUGGAUGAACAAGAGGAGUAUGACUACUACUACCAUGAAAACAUCAGCGUCAACUUCAGCUAUGAGGACUACCCUGUCCUCUGUAAAAAGGGGGACAUCCGCUCCUUUGCUGCCGUCUUCUUCCCCAUCAUGUACACCCUGUGCCUGGUGGUUGGGCUGGCUGGAAACGCCUUGGUCGUGGCGGUCUACGCUUACCACAAACGCCUAAAGACCAUGACAGACGCCUUCCUGACCCACUUGGCUGUGGCUGACCUUCUGCUGCUCUUCACACUGCCUUUCUGGGCUGCUGAUGCAGCAAGAGGCUGGGAGCUGGGACAGGUCGUCUGUAAGGUUGUAUCGGCCUGCUACACGGUCAACUUCACCUGCUGCAUGCUGCUGCUGGCCUGCAUUAGCCUGGAUCGCUACUUAGCGUUAGCUAGAGUGCAGGGAAAAGACCAAAGAGGGUUUCUUGGGAGAUGGUUCACCAGAAGACACUGUUGGAAGGUGUGUUUGCUUGUUUGGACAACAGCUUUCUUCCUUGGGGUUCCUGAUUUGAUUCUCUUAGAGGUUAAAUGGUCUUCUAACCGGAGCGUCUGUAUGGCUGUGUAUCCACCAUCAAUGGCAGGAGGCGGGAAAACUGUCCUGGAGAUGGUAGAGGUUCUUCUGGGGUUCCUACUUCCCCUCAUCGUCAUGGUGGUCUGUUACUGCAGCAUGGGCUGGACACUUAAGAGCCUCCCUGUUGAGAGUAGAGGCAAGAAGUGGAAAGCUCUGCAGGUUCUCCUGGUGGUGGUCGGAGUGUUUGUGGUCACCCAGUUGCCUUACAACGUGCUGAAGGUGUAUAGAGCAAUGGACUCGGCUUACAUUUUGGUAACACACUGUGAGACAAGCAAAGUGUUGGAUCAGGCAGCUCAGGUGACAGAAAGCUUGGCCCUCACUCACUGCUGCCUUAAUCCUGUCCUGUACGCCUUCAUGGGGUCAUCGUUCAAACAGCACAUGAUGAAAGUGGCGAAGAAGUUUGAGGAAAGAAGAAGGAGGAGGAGGAGGAGGGAAAGUACUGCAGUGGAGGAAGGAGUGGAGAUGUCAUUUAACUCCCACAGUGCAUCCCAAGACACAAACACAUUCUCAAUAUGAUUUACCCAAAUUAAUGUUUUUUGUUUUUUUUUUUAACUUUUUUUAUUGCUACAUGACAUUUCACUAUUUAAAGAUUUGAAUCACUAUUUGGAUCACAUUGUCACUUACAUGUUCUUAUGUUAGUUAUGGCUCAUCUUGAAGGCCAAAUGAGAACUCUCAGUUCUAUAUUCUGAUUAUUACUAUUAAACUGUUUGUGGGAGUGUGUAAAAAUACAGCAAUUUAGGAAAGGUGUGAUUGAAUGUUUUAAGCUUAAAGUUACAAAUUAAAAUCAGAUUAAACCAAACUCUGUUUUUUAGCCUGACGGAUAAUUCUGUCAUUAUGGACAACUGUGGACAUACCCUCUAUUGGACUGUGGAGGAAGGAACUGGGAGCCUGUUUGGAGACACUGACUUACAUCGUCAAAAGACAACAAUACAAACUUGUGGAGCCCAAAUACAAAGACUUACAGUUGAGAAUAAUUUGAUUUUAUGUUGUUUGUGGAAACUGCACUGCCUCCUUUUAUUUUUUUCUAUCUCCUUUUCUACUCUCCUUUUUCUUGAUUUCCUGUAAUUGUUAUAAUUGACAUUAUUAUUGACACUGUGCAGGGCAUGGGUCAUUCUGCCUAUUUGUAAUAUCUUAUUUGUGAAAUUUAAUAAUAAAAAGUAGUAACAAGGCAGAGAAACUUGAAAAGGAAGACAAAAAAAAUCAAAGAAUGAGUGGAAAGAACAUGUAGGGGAUGGAGAGGAGCAGUCAAACGCCAAAAGUCCCAUCACACCACUUUUCAUUUUUUAUGCAGUGCUUAAAUUGGAUACCGUUUCUGCACGGAGAAGUUGGGAAAUAUAAAGGGAAAUGUAAAUAUUUUGCAGACGCCUGUAUCUGCUAAGUGAAGAGAUGACAUUUUGUUUUUCAUUUUCUGUCUCUUGCUCCAGUUAGUGAUCCUGCUCUUUUUUUACAGCUCGAGAUAGCUCGGGGGAAAAAACAAAACAAAAUUACAAAAAUUGAAACCAGAAAUGUU